AUGGAAAAAACUGUUAAUUAUUAUGUUAGUGGUGGAAAUGGAAUUCAAAUUUAUGUAGAAGAAAAAGGAAAUCCAGAAAAGACCACAAUUUUAUUUACCAGCAGUGGUUAUAUGUCAUCACGACAAUCUUGGCAUCCAUUAUGGUAUGAUACAGAACUUGGAGAAAAAUUUCAUCUUAUAAACCAAAUAAUUACAGUUGGAUGGUCAAUGGGAACUCCAACUACUAUGACAUUUAUGAAAAUUAAUCCUGAUAUCAAAAUUGAUGGAUUUAUUUCGGUUGGAGGAAUGAUAUAUUUAAACUUUACAGAAGCAAGUUUAAAUACUAGUGAAGAAUUUGUAAAAUAUUCCAUUGCAGCAAUUGAUCCAGAUUAUAAAUUUUCAACAAUUGCUUAUGGAUUAAACGGAAUUUCGAAUUUUAGAACUUUUAAACCAGCAUCUGAUCAAUUUCGUGCUUUUAAGCUUGGUGAAUCUAUUAUUGUACCACCUGAAUAUCGAAAAUUUGAAGCUAAACAUUUGAUUUUAGGGAUUUCUGGGAUUUCUUUAGUUCUUUAGAUACAUUAAAUCUUAUCGGGG